UUUUAAAAUGUUAGAAUAGUAAAUUUUGGGAAGAAUAUCCCAAACAAACAGAUAGUAUGUUUUGUAGUGCGGUUACAGAAACCCGCCCUGCCUAAAACCGUGGCUAACCCUACCGCCGGAACGGUGCCGCCACCGCUACCUCAUCCAUCUCCGCCGCCGCUCGCUCGCCAUCUCCGCCGUCCUUUUAACCGACUAUGGUACAAUUUCACGAGCACAUAAUCGGAGACCUCCUUGAGGACCCUAGCGGCGGUCUCGUCGUUCUCUCCGCUGGCCUCGGUCUCCCCAAGCUCAUCUCCUCUCUUCUCAGCCUCCACGACCAUUCACAGGGCUCUGUCCUAAUUCUCAACGGCUCUGUUUCCCAGAAGAAUUCGAUCGACGUCGAAUCCCACUUCCCUUCCAUCACUUCUGACCUCCCGCUCCAGCAGCGCCUCUCUCUCUACACGUCUGGGGGCAUAUACUUUAUCACCGCUAGAAUUCUGAUCGUCGAUUUGCUCACUCAACGGCUCCCCACCACUUCGAUUGCCGGCAUUAUCCUUCUCAAUGCUCAUUCUCUUUCGGAUACUUCAACCGAGGCGUUCAUUGUUCGGAUUCUGCGGUCUUCAAAUCGUUCUCUUUAUGUUCGAGCCUUCUCCGACCGCCCCCAGGCCAUGGUCUCUGGUUUUGCUAAAGCUGAACGGACCCUCAAAUGCCUCUUUCUGCGUAAGCUUCACCUCUGGCCAAGAUUUCAGGUGUACGUUUCUCAAGAUUUGGAACGGGACCCACCUGAGGUUAUAGACAUUCGUGUCCCGAUGUCUUCAUACAUGAUUGGAAUUCAGAAAGCUGUGAUUGAAGUGAUGGAUGCAUGUUUGAAGGAGAUGAGAAAAACAAAUAAGGUUGAUGUAGAGGAUUUGACUGUUGAAAGUGGUUUGUUCAAGUCAUUCGAUGAGAUAGUGCGGAGGCAGUUGGACCCUAUUUGGCAUACACUAGGGAAGAGAACAAAGCAGCUGGUUUCAGAUUUGAAGACAUUGCGAAAGCUGUUGGAUUAUCUCAUCAGGUAUGAUGCAGUGACUUACCUGAAGUAUCUGGACUCACUAAGAGCCUCCGAGAGUUUUCGAUCUGUUUGGAUCUUUGCCGAGUCUAGUUACAAGAUAUUUGAGUAUGCAAAAAAGCGAGUCUAUCAGUUUGGUAGAUUGGAUAGUGGAAAAGCGACUGGAACAAGUAAGAAUGCAUCAAGUCGGAAGCGGAAGUUAGAUGAAAGUAACACGGAAGGAAAUGAUUCUUCAAAAAGUGAAAGUAGUACUGCCGUCUUGGACGAAAUCUUGGAGGAACCACCCAAGUGGAAGGUGUUGCGUGAAAUUCUCAAGGAGAUGGAAGAUGAAACAAAAAAGCAAGUGACAGAUGGGGAAGAAAUAGAUGGAGGUGAAUGCAAACAUAAUGGAUUUAUUCUUGUGGCAUGCAAAGAUGAAUACUCAUGCAUGCAGCUCCAGGAUUGCAUUACAAAAGGCCCGCAAAAGGUCAUGCAUGAGGAAUGGGAGAAAUACUUGCUAAGUAAAGUGGAGCUGCAAUCUUUACCAAAAUCCAAAAAAAAGAAAUCGAAAGUACCAAAGGGUUUCGGAAUUCUUGAUGGAGUUGUCAGCUCUGUUUCUGGACAAAAAGGUGAAAUGAGUAGCAUGAACAAACAAGAAAAUGAUGCACUGCUGGCUGCAGCACGUGCAAUAAGUAAGCAAGCUAACGGGGAUACAAUGGCCAAAGAAGGCGGGGCCAAUGAAGAACUUGGUAAAGCAAAGAAAAGUGAAAAAUAUAAGAAAAAUAUAGCGGUUGAGAAAACUGGUCCCGAAUCAGAUACAAGUAUUCAGCCUGAAAUUCCGACCUCUGAACAUGAUGCGCCAAUUGAAAACAAAAAUUUGGAUAGGGUGGUUCUCCGAAAGCAUGAUCAAGGAUCAGAAACUUACAGCCAACUAGUGCAUUUCCAUGCCCUGGAGAGUGAUCAGAGAAUACUGGAUGUUCUACAGCCCUCUGUCAUAAUUGUCUACCACCCUGAUACGGCUUUUGUCAGAGAAAUUGAAAUUUACAAAUCUGAAAAUCCUUCUAAGAAAUUAAAAGUUUAUUUUCUGUUUUACGAAGAAUCUACUGAGGUUAGGAAAUAUGAGGCAAGUAUAAGAAGAGAAAAUGGAGCAUUUGAGUCCCUGAUCAGACAGAAAUCUCUGAUGAUGAUUCCGGUCACUCAGGAUGAGCAGCUACUGGGUGCAACUUCUGUAGACCCACAGUCGAUAGCUGCACAAAAUGCAAUUACUAGAAAAGCAGGUGGAAGGAAGGAAACCGAAAAGGAAAUGCAGAUCAUAGUGGAUAUGAGGGAAUUUAUGAGCAGUCUCCCAAAUGUGCUGCACCAGAAAGGCAUGCGGGUUGUACCGGUGACCUUGGAAGUGGGAGAUUACAUACUCUCUCCAUUCAUAUGUGUGGAACGGAAGAGCAUAUCGGAUCUCUUUCUCAGUUUUUCAUCCGGUCGUUUAUAUCAUCAGGUGGAAAUGAUGUCCCGCUAUUAUCGCAUACCUGUUCUUCUGAUUGAGUUUUCACAAGAUAAAAGCUUUUCGUUUCAGUCUGCCAGUGAAAUCGGCGACGAUGUUACACCAACUAGCAUCAUAUCUAAGUUGUCGUUGCUGGUACUUCAUUUUCCUCGGCUUCGCAUCGUCUGGUCUCGUAGCUUACAUGCUACGGCUGAAAUUUUUGCCACGCUCAAAGCAAACCAGGACGAGCCAGAUGAAAAUAAGGCAACUAGAGUUGGUGUCCCAUCAGAGGAUGGCAAUGUCGAAGAUGAUGUCAGAGCCGAAAAUUUCAAUACAUCCGCAGUGGAAUUCCUUAGGCGGCUCCCUGGGGUUACUGAUGCCAACUACCGAUCAAUAAUGGAAGAAUGCAAAAGCCUGGCAGAACUUGCGAUGCUACCGAUGGAUAAGCUUUCAGUUUUAAUGGGAGGCCACAAAGCUGCGAAAACCUUGAGAGAUUUUCUUGAUGCCCGAUACCCAACCUUGCUUUAGAAUUCAUUCGAGUCCGAUUUCAAGGUAAAUUUCUUUUCAAGAUUUAUUCAUCGUCUUGCUAUGCUAAUUUCCGAGGGGGGCUUAAUGAGUGUAUUGCUAUUAUCUCCAUUGUAGUUUUGAGGUUGAUAAUUUCUUCUUGGGAUCUCAUAUUUGUUGCUUUAAUUAUAAUUUGUUGUAGUGAAUAAAAGACAUAUAAUGAUUUAAAUUAU